ACAGACCUGGACUAACCGAUUCCAUGCAGGCGUUUCCUUGUUAAUCUUCAGAUCUACAAUAACAUCGACAUUUGUUUUGUGUUUGAAGUAACAGGAUGUGUAUUGCAAAAUUGAUUGUCGUUAUGCUCCGUGUUCACAACAGUGUUAAACAGGGCCAGUAACUUUGUUUACGUCCUUGACUGGGAAACCAGCUAACAGCACACGUCAGAUUACAGCUGUAGAUUUCCAGGAUGUCUCAAACAGACAGCAAAGUCCUAAUUCUGGGAGCCUUGGCUGGAGUGGCGGGCAUUGGUCUGGCUGUUGCGUGUUAUCAGGGCUACAAGACAAGACGGAGAGCCUCUUUGCCAGCGCGCUACCUGCACACUAAUAAUGAACUUGCGACCGGCAUGACGUUAAUCGCUAGUCCCGGUAUAUCUGGCGAUCAGAUGGCAGUAAUGGACCGCCUUGAGGCUCUUCUUCAGUGUGUGUCGGAGUUGAAGGAUGAAAUGAAGGCAUUGAAAAAUUCCUUGCCGAUGCGACAUGGUCACGUUGCUGAAGAGCUAAGAGGAGGCGAUAGAGCGGAGAUCCAUCGAGUUGCUCCUCUCCACAGGACCACACCUAUACGAAGGAAAAGGGCUGGAAGCAGCAUUGUUGGAGCCGCAGCAGGUGGCCGUAGCUCUGAAGAAGCGGAAAGUGAGGGAGGGUACAUAACUGCACUGACAGACUCAGAUGAAGAGGUACAAAGCGAUGAUGAACAGUGGGAGGAAAGGCGUGAGACAACAGACAAGUUGACUUGUUUACUUGAGAGAGUCGACUCUUUGCAUCAAGGAACAGAGGCUGAGAAAAGAGAGAGUCUGCACAUCUUAACAACGCAACGAGAGGAGUUCGGACAGAGCUCUGCAUUUCUUUGGCGACUAAUUAGAGCACAUUGUGAUGUUCAUGACAUCAGCGGUACGCUUGAGGAAAAGAAGAAUCAUGCGGAAACUGGAAAGAAGGUUGGUGAGGAUGCAGUGGCACUGAACCCUACAUGUGCUGAGAGUCACCAGUGGUAUGCCAUCAUGUGUGGAAUUAUGGCUGAAUAUGAUACAGUGCAGAACAAGAUCAAGAAUGGCUACAUAUUUAAGGAUCAUCUGGAUAAAGCCAUCGAGCUGAAGCCUCAAGACCCCCUGUCCUACUACCUGCUAGGCCGCUGGUGCUACGCUGUAGCCCAGUUGUCUUGGCUUGAGAGAAAAGUUGCAGCUACAUUAUUUGGAGAACCACCCAGCGCCACAGUUGAAGACGCACUAAAGAAUUUUUUAAAGGUUGAAGAAAUCCAUCCAGGAUAUUCCAAACUCAACUAUGUAUUUCUUGCUAAGUGUUACAGAGACAUCGGGUACAGGAAGAAGGCAAGGGAGAUGUGUGAAGUUGCUAACUCAAUACAGUCUGUUUCCAAAGAGGAUGAAGAAGCACAGAAGGAGUUGGACCUUCUCUUGCCAGAUCUUGGAGUGUUCAACUCUAAAGGUGAUUUAGACAUUUAGCUAAGGGUGUGUCACUCUGUCAAUAAUACUAAGUUUCAAUGGGAAUAUGAGCCUUGUUAUUGUAGUUGUUGCUACUAGCUGUUCCGUCCUUUGUCAACAACAAAAGCAGCCUAGACAAUAACAUGCCCAACACUGAAUUACAAUUUAUUGUCCUGAUCUUGCUGAUAAAUGACUCUAUUUUCCUGUGCCUUGCGCUUUUUUUCAUACGCAGUUGUGACAUGGUUGACUCUGGCGUCUGUUCAGUGAAAUAGAAAACAUUUAUCAUUGGCUUUCUUGCUACUGACACACCUACUGUUAAAAUUUUACUCUUCCACUGCCAGCGACAGCGGUAGACGUCCAAUUCCGUGGCUCUUUCUUCUGCUGUGAAUUUAAGAGAGUUUAAUCACUAGUAGACGUCCAAAUCCAUUCGAAGUAGGAGGGUGGCGAAUGUUCAUUCGCUGCCAACCCUCCCACUUCAAAUGAAUUGGACGUCUUUGAUUGUCAGUGGUAGUCGGUGAGUUAAAGGCUUAUUCUGCACAUUGCCACAAACGCAGGUGUGUAUACUUGCGCAAGCACAAUAUCUGUUGUUUAUGGUUUUUUUGUCCCAAUAAUGGUAAGGAGUUUUAAAUAAUUUAUCUUGUUUGCGUUUAUUGGACCACACAAAAAUGGCAUUUGAACAUUGUAUGGUUUUAAAUGUAAAUGUUAAUUUAAGUGUAAAUUUAUUUCAUCUGGGUGUAUGUAAUAAUUUACAAAGUGGCGAUGAUGUCUUUUUGUGACUUGCACAGGUUAUAUAGAGCCAUUUAGUAGCACGUUUUGUAAUAUUUUAUCUCUGAAGCUGGCAAAAAAUAUUUAAUGUAGUUUCUGGUAAUUGUUAUGACAGUUGGGCGUCAAAUGUAUCCAUUCCUAAUUGCUUUAGCUACUUUACUCUAAAUUUACAUCCGAUGCAGAUCAGUUAUAUUUAUUUCAUUGUUCAUGCUUGUUUUAUGUAUUUUUAAAUCAUUUUUAAUUGAUUUUAUAAAGAAAAAAAGAUUGUCACUUUACACAUGGAUGCUGAAGUGGCUUGUGUGGGAUUUUAUUUAUUGAACACCAAAGAAAAUCUAAUAAUUAAAGGUAUAAAUUAUGAAGAUAACUUUUACAGGAAAGCUAAACUGUACCCCCCCACCCCCUCCUCAUUGACUUGGUUGUACUAAAUGAUUGAUGGGACUGGAAUCAUUCAUUAAAUUUAUAAAUCAGAUGAUGGUCUGGUAGUCCU